AUGUCGGUAAAUCACGACAUGGCCCUGGCGGCAGAAACAGUUCCGCCAGGUACCGACCCGAAUCCAGAAACUGGAACCGGAUCGGCAUCUGCAGCGCCCAGGUUGGCGAUGGAUGGAUCUGGGACUCAUCCACCCAUCCACCAAAAGUCGAAUUCAACCCCCGACACCUCGAACCCACCACAGCAGCAACAGCAUCAACAACAGCAACAACGACAACUACAACAACAACAGCAGCAACCGGUUGUGUUUCGCCCACCCCUGGAGUCAACAGCAACAUGGGCGAAAAAGGCUGCAGCGGGCAAGUAUCGCCCAGUAGCAGACACGCUCCCCGCGACCGUGUUCAGGAACGACUAUGUCCUGGCCUACACCCUUCCCGGCAAGAAGGACACGCCCCAAGGCAUCACAUACACCCAGGUGAUGAAUGCCAUCGCAGACCAAGUCAGGGGCGUGACGGAGCUGCGAUUCGACCAAGUCCAUAAAUAUAUGGCAGCGAUUUUCAAGGAUAAGGCUGAGUUUGACUUUGCCCUUAACAUCCCCCUGGAGAUUACAACCACCUUCUGGAUUCAGCCAUCCAAGACGGUGUACACCUCGGGAGUGGAGGAGACGAUCUUCGCCAACAACAUCGCCUGCACCGACAAUCUGGAACAGAUCCAGACCGAACUGACGGCUAUCUUCGGUAACCACGGGACCGUAGACAACAUCAGCUUUGGGUACAUUCGACACCCAACACACACAAUCAAGGAUGGUAACAUAUCCUUUCGACUCACGUUCCACGAGAACAUCCCGUCCAACCCACAGCUGCCCAGGAUCGCCAACUUUCUCCGCUGGAACACGUACUUCUUCUGGAGAAACGCCCCGGCCUUCUGCGUGGGAUGCGGCAUUACUGGACACGACUCUAGAAGCUGCAGCAAGGCAACAGCAAGCCUCGCCCUGAGCAACACACCCCUGCUGACUAAAACCAUCAUGUCGUACCGCUUCAUGGAGGGAACGCCUACAGUCAACCAACUCGGCCUCCAUAGUAGUAGCAGAGGCAACAACAGCAACAGACAACAACCCAACAAAAGCAACAACAACAACAACAACAGCAAGAGCAACAGCAACAGCAACAGCAACAACAACAACAAGGAGCAGGGAUCAAAGAGAAUCUCGGCGCCGGACCAGGAUGGAUUUCAGAUCCGUCAUGCGCCAAAACCCACCAUCAAGGACCUGGGGCCCUCCGGCCAGGACCCUCAGGACCACAAGAGACCUAGGUCCCUGGAUGGCGCCCCCAAGAAGAAGAAGCCAAGGAAGAAGAAGACAAAGACCGCUGGACAGGCCACCACUCCUGCACCGCAGGCUGCUGGGUUGAAUGGAAGCAAGGUCCCCGUGACCAAUGCAUCCGUACCCCAACAGAGGCCUCCUGUCCAAGCUGAAGGGUUGAAUGGGACGAAGCCCGCUCUGAGCUUCAAUCCUGUACCCCAUCAGCAGGUCGCGCCCGCAAGCAACAGAGAACAACAGGCUGCACCAAUGCAAGUUGUGGACCCAUCUACACCCCAGGCUCAAACCCAGGGGUGGUUUGGUAUCGCGUCCACACAUGCAGAGGCCUUUGUCUUUAAUGCUCAAGGCACUUCUGGCCCCCCAGCUACUUCUAGUGAUGGUAGCAGCAGCAGCAGCUCCGGCAGCAGCAGCAGCACGCCAGCAUCACCCCAUCAGAAGGCUAGCGUACCACCCUCAGGUGUUGAAUGCGACGCCCAUGAUACUACGAACAAACAACAGCACAACCACUUACAGACCGAUGACGAUGAGGACGACGACAUGGGCGAUAGUCUCGAUCGUCUCUGGACCGCGGCAGAAAGAGAAGAAGCCCAAAGAGAACUAGAACAGAAUGGAGGUGGUGGAGAAAUGGAUCAAUAA